CAGUUGGGGGGGUUUGUAACCGUCGGGGGCUGCGGAACGUUCUGUCCGGGCCGCCCCGCCCCCCGGGCCCGAUCCCGAUCCCCGGCUCCCAGCCCGGGCCCCCUCCCCGGGGCGGGCAGGCUCCGAGACCCGCCCCGGCCCGCGCCCCAUGGAGAACUUCCAGAAGGUGGAGAAGAUCGGCGAGGGCACCUACGGGGUUGUCUACAAGGCCAGGAACAAAGUCACCGGCGAGGUGGUGGCGCUGAAGAAAAUCCGCCUGGAUACAGAGACGGAGGGCGUCCCCAGCACGGCCAUCCGGGAGAUCUCCCUGCUCAAGGAGCUGAAUCACUCCAAUAUCGUCAAGCUGCUGGACGUGAUCCACACGGAGAACAAGCUCUACCUGGUCUUCGAGUUUCUGCACCAGGACCUGAAGAAGUUCAUGGAUGCGUCCUCCAUCAGCGGCAUCCCUCUGCCCCUCGUCAAGAGUUACCUGUUCCAGCUGCUGCAGGGCCUGGCCUUCUGCCACUCCCACCGGGUGCUGCACCGCGACCUCAAGCCCCAGAACCUGCUCAUCAAUGCCGAGGGAGCCAUCAAGCUGGCUGACUUCGGGCUGGCGCGGGCGUUUGGCGUGCCAGUGCGAACCUACACCCAUGAGGUGGUGACUCUCUGGUACCGGGCCCCUGAAAUCCUGCUCGGCUGCAAGUACUACUCGACGGCUGUGGAUAUCUGGAGCCUGGGCUGCAUCUUUGCCGAGAUGAUCACCAGGCGAGCCCUGUUCCCUGGAGACUCGGAAAUUGACCAGCUCUUCCGCAUCUUCCGGACGCUGGGCACCCCGGACGAGGCCGUGUGGCCGGGGGUCACUUCCAUGCCCGAUUACAAGCCCAGCUUCCCCAAAUGGGCCAGGCAGGACUUCAGCAAGGUGGUGCCCCCCCUGGACGAGGAAGGGAGGAAGCUCUUGGCUCAAAUGCUGCACUACGACCCUAACAAGCGGAUUUCGGCCAAGUCAGCGCUGAACCAUCCCUUCUUCCAGGACGUCACCAAGGCCGUCCCUCAUCUGCGCUUGUGAAGUGGCUUCGGGGAGGGGGUCGGCCCGGCCAGGACUCUGCUGCCUCCAUGCUGGUGCUGUCUGGCCUGUGCCUGUAUCUGGAUCCGUCUCCUGGGGCUGGGCCUGCCCCGGGGGUCCUGUGACUCAUCCUGUCCCUGCGGACUUGCACUUAGCCCCCCGACCAUGGGGAUGCUGGAUGGGGGGUGUGGGGACUGCCCAGCCCAGCCCCCACUGCCCUGGCUGGAGCUCCUAGUCUGUGGCUUUGAUGCUCCCUGGAGGGCUUGGAUUUCAGCACCAGCAAUGGGACAUUGCUCGCUGCAGCUGGGAGUGCCCGCCCCCCCCCCCCCCCCCCAGCUGCCCUGAUUGAGCCCCAUCUCUCAUCUCCCUCGGCAUGCCCCCCCCAGCCUCUUCAGCGGAGCCCCUCGAAUUCCUGCUCCAACACAGGAUGAACGCCCCUGGAGCCUGCACGCCUCCUCGAUGGGUGGAAGGCAGGGAGGGUCUGGCUGGAGAACCAUCCUCUCCUACCAGCGAGAUUGGUUCAAACUAGAUACGCUCACUGGCCCUGGUGAACUCACCCGCUGCCUGCUCCCUGGCCAGCACCCUGGCAUCUGCUGCACCAGGGCCUCGAACCGCAGCUGGCGCUGCUGGCGACUCCUGUUCCUGCUGCGGAUCAGCUGCCUGAAUCCCCAGCGGCUCUUUGGGUUGGGGGGGCCCACGUGUCCCCAACCGCUCAGGAAACAUGCGUUGUAAGGGCUGAUCCUGCAGCAUGUUGGGCCCGCUCAGCUCCCCUCCUUCCCUGGCAGGAUCUGACCCUAAGCAGGGACUCUGCUCACUUAGCAUCCCCCCAUGUCCCAUGGGCAGAAGCGUUUUGACCGACGAGGCCCGAGACCCUCGCACGUCCGAUGCUGGCGUCCUCCUCCCCAUGGGAGCGUCUCACCAUGAGUGACCUGAUGCAUGUGGCUUCUGCAGGGAAGCAGGUUCCUCAUCCGCUCUGGGGAGAAUCUGCACCCACAGGAGGGGGUUUGCUCUAAAGGCUUCACCCUGCGCCGGGUGGUGGAGCAGGCACCCAGGAGCUGAAACUGAUCCUUGCAGCCAGCUCUUCUCCUGGCCUCCCCGCAAGAUGCCCCCUGAUUCUCUGCUCCCUGAAGGGCUUUGAAAGUAAAGGACUUUGGUCCCGAAAGGAGCCCCCAGCCUGAGGGUGCUGCAGUCUCCUCUGACAGAUUCUCCACCCGCUGCAUCAUUGGCCGCUCGUUCUGUGGCACCGCCUAUGGGCAAGCUCACUGCAAGGGGACAGAGCCUCAGUGGGUGUCGAUCAGUGGGGUUCCACUGACUUGUCAAUGGUGCAAUGGCAGCUUAUGCCAGGUACGGAUCUGACCCCACAAUCUGACAUACACCCCACUAGAACAGGUGCCAGCCGGGCUCUUCCCCACGUGCUCUGGAGGGCUGGCUCCCGGAGGGGUGGGAUUCCUUGUCACUUUCCUUUGGCUCAGAUCUUUCCAUGCCAGAGGCGCUUCAGCCUGUGGAAAGGCUGGCUCCGGCACGUGGGGCCAGAUCCCCAGCAGGGCGAUGCGUAUUUACACCAGCUGAGGAUCUGGCCUGUGAAAUUGGUACUUGCACCCAAUCUGCGAUUUUAAUUCGCCUCCUUUCCUGUGGAUGUCCCUGCCACCCUGGUGUCUGUGUUUCCCUGGAAGGUCCGAUUUGGCCACCCAGCAACGAAUCUGAUUUUAAAUCCACAAAGAACGGCCCAAACCUGGGGAAGCAGGGGCAGCUCAAGGGCGGGGGGGGGGGGGGAAUGCUACUGAGUCUGGGUUGGAGCAGUCUUCCACAUGGAUUGCCCUGCAGGAUGGGGAAGGGUGUUUGAAAGUAUCCCCCGUCACCCAGCCCUCGGUGGCAGCCAGAUACUCGGGUGCAGUGCAGAUGGGGUGUUGGAAUGGACAGGAAGGCGCCGAUCGAGCUCACUGGGGGC